GAUACGUCGCUAAGUCACAUGACAGCUCUGUACACUCAGGGUCAGGAGCUUCCUGGACGUUGCGGUUUACUUGACUAAAAGUGCACUGAUACUGUCAUAGUGUACACACAGAGGACGUAUCAUGGCUGCCAUGGCUCUGAGCUUGUUUCAUGUCCUCCGGCUGAGAAGCUACCUGAACCCAAGCAAAGCCUGCCUCCUGGGUCUGCCAAGGCUUCUCUCCCAGUCAGCUGAAGCCAGCCAGAGUGCUCAUUUAUACACACCGGAGCACCAUGCAUUGAGGGCAUCCGUUAGGAAGAUUAUAGACAAUGAAAUUAACCCCUUUGUGGACAAAUGGGAAGAAGCUGAAGAAUUUCCAGCACACAAGAUAUUUAAAGUCCUUGGUCAGGCUGGUAUUUUGGGAGUUAACAAACCAACAGAAUAUGGCGGAUCAGGUUUGGACUUCUCAUAUAGUAUAGCAGUGGCUGAAGAACUUGGACAUAUCCAUUGUGGUGGAAUUCCAAUGGCUAUUGGUGUCCAGUCAGACAUGGCUACGCCAGCUCUUGCAAGGUUUGGCAGUGAUGAACUAAAACUUCAGUUCCUUGCACCAACUAUUGCAGGAGAUGUGGUGGCUUGUCUGGGAGUGAGUGAAGCGGGAUCUGGAUCAGAUGUGGCAAGUAUUAAGACUACAGCUGUGAAAAAGGGUGAUGAUUAUGUUAUCAAUGGCAGCAAGAUGUGGAUAACCAAUGGUUGCCAAGCAGACUGGAUGUGCUUACUUACCAAUACAAGUACAGGACCACCUCACAGAAACAAAUCCCUCAUAUGUUUACCUAUGAAAUUACCCGGUGUCCACGUUGUAAAAAAAAUAGAUAAAAUGGGCAUGAAAUCAUCAGAUACUGCACAGAUAUUCUUUGAAGAUGUCAGAGUUCCAAGUAAAUAUUUGAUUGGAGAGGAAGGAAUGGGCUUUACGUAUCAGAUGUUGCAAUUCCAAGAGGAACGUAUGUGGGGAGUUGCCAGCAUUAUUACACCAAUGGAAAACAUCAUAAAAGAAACAAUUGAUUAUACAAGCCAGCGAAAAAUCUUCAACAAGCCAGUGCUACAUAACCAAGUUGUUUACUUUCGCUUGGCUGAAUUGGCAACUGAGGUUGAACUUCUUCGUUCCUUUUUGUACCGUACUGUUGGGAUGUAUGUUGAAGGUAAUGAUGUAACCAAAUUUGCUUCCAUGGCCAAAUUAAAAGCUGGACGACUUGUUCGGGAACUAAGUGAUAGUUGUCUCCAAUACUGGGGAGGAAUGGGCUUUACUAAUGAAGUCCAUGUUAGCAGGUUUUAUAGAGAUUCGAGGUUGUUGUCUAUAGGAGCCGGAGCAGAUGAAGUCAUGCUCUCAAUCAUUUGCAAAUAUAUGGGAACUCUACCAAGCAAACAAUAAAUCUGCCAGCCACUAUAUAUAUAUAUAUAUAUUGUGCCUUGAUUUUCUAAUUAUUUUGUUUGCGUAUUAACAAAUAAAUUAUAACAAAAUCCA